UGUCAAAGACAAACCCUUCAGAAGAUGAAGAUUCUACUGCUGACCCUGGGGCUGGGCCUGGUCUGUGGCCUCCAGGGCCUCGAUAACAGUGCAAAAGGCUCACCAAAGCUUGAUGGAAAGUGGUUCACUGUUGCAUUGGCCUCAAAUGUGACAUCUAAGAUAGAGGAAGGAGGUAGCUUGCGGAUAUUUGUCUACAAUAUCAGAGUAUAUGAUGGUUUUCUUACUGCAGAUUUCUUCAAAAGGGAAAAUGGCAAAUGCAUUCCAUUUUCUGUGACUGCUAUCACAAAAGAAGAUGGUUCAAAUCUUGUGCACUAUGAUGGACUGAAUGAUUUUUCGCUUGAAAGUUUUGAUGAUGAAUAUUCAAUAUUUAUGUUAUAUAAUAUCAAAGAUGGAGAGGUGACUAUUUGGGGAGAACUCUUUGGCCGGACUCCAGAUCUGCCAGAUGAGAUAAAGAAGAAAUUUGAGGAAAUAUGUGAAAGAUUUGGAAUUGGGAAAGAUCAAAUUAGAGACUUGUACAAUGAUGAUCGAUGUGAGAAACUUCGUUAAGGAAGUUCAUCCUGGCAUACAGGAAUUCCUAGGAUGAAACAUCCCUGUGUUUUUGCAAACCACUCCUGCUUCCUCUGAAGAAUUGUUAGUAUGGUUGCUGAAGACUUCUACUGGCUUUCUGUUCUCUCCUCCAAACUCAAGGGGGAUGCUAUUCCCCUCACUGCCCUGCCUUAUCACAGGCAGGUCUCUUG